AUGAAAAGGUUUUUGCUGCUUCAAUAUAUGAGAAAGUUCUUACAGUUUGUGGGACCAGGGAUCAUGGUCUCUGUGGCCUACAUGGAUCCUGGGAACUAUUCGACAAGUGUGUCCGGCGGUGCCCAAUACAGAUAUCAGCUUCUAUUCUCUAUAUUUGUCUCUAAUAUCUUUGCGGUUAUAUUGCAAUGUCUUUGCGUGAAAUUGGGUAUAGUAACUGGUAUGGACUUGGCGGAAAAUUGCCGCCGUCAUCUUCCAAAAAAAUGGAACUACGUUGUUUAUGGAUUUGCUGAGCUAGCUAUUAUUGCUACUGAUUUGGCAGAGGUUGUUGGGACGGCGAUUGCGUUGCAAAUAUUGUUUAAUAUUCCCUUGGUGUGGGGUGUGGUGCUCACAAUACUAGAUGUAUUGGUGAUUUUGGUAUUCUAUAAGCCUGAAAACCAAAGUAUGAAGCAAGUGCGGUCGUUCGAGAUUUUUGUUAGUAUAUUUGUUGCAGCUACAAUGAUAUGUUUCAUUUUGGAGUUGUUUAAAUUGACAAUUCCUGAUAAGUGGAUUUUAUUCAGGGGAUUCUUGCCUAACAAGGUACUUUUUAAGGAUCAAAAAGCAAUGUAUAUAUCUUUGGGGAUUUUAGGUGCGACAGUCAUGCCACAUUCCUUGUAUUUGGGUUCUGCAUUGGUCAAACCAAGGGUAAAUGAGUAUGAUAUCAAAACUUUUGGCCAGCCAAAACUUACUGGGCCCUCAAUCGGAGCUAUUAAAUAUACUUUGAAUUUUUCAUACAUUGAGUUGAUUGUUUCGUUGUUUUUUAUUGCAACAUUUGUGAAUUCUGCAAUCUUAAUUGUAGCAGGAGCCACUUUAUUUGGUCAACCGGAGGCAGAUGACGCUGACCUAUUGUCCAUCUAUAAGUUAUUAUGCAAAAGUAUCUCUCCAGCCGCUGGUUUGAUUUUUGCAUUAGCAAUGUUGUUUAGCGGUCAAUCAGCCGGUAUUAUUUGUACUAUGGCAGGCCAAAUAGUGUCCUCCGGGUUUUUGAAUUGGAAUUUGGAGCCGUGGGUAACUAGGUUGGUUACCAGAAUGAUAGCUAUAGUUCCAUGUCUUGUGGCUACUUUGUCUAUGGGAGAGAAAGGAAUAUCAAAUAUGUUAAAUCUUUCUCAGGUUGUUCUUUCAUUAAUUUUACCAAUUGUAUCAGCGCCAUUAGUUUACUUUACCUCAAAUCGCAAGAUCAUGACGGUAGUGGAUUACGAUGAGAGUUCGAGCCCAGAACAAACUGAAAGAAUAGGUUCAGAACAAACUGAAAGAAUGCGUUCAGAACCAACAGAAAAUACCUCUUUGGUCUUAAACAAAAGGCGGUCUGUUGAUUAUGCAAAUAGCAAAUGGUUAACGGCUGUAGCAUUUAGCAUUUGGGCUAUCAUAGGCUCAUUGAAUUGUUAUUUAGUGGUAUCUUUUUUGCUGGGAGCUGAUGUUCAUCUCUAG